AUGAUUAAUUUAAUUGAAGCUAAAGUUAUUACUAGUGAUGAUGAAUCAUUAAAAAACAAAGAGUUAUUGACCUACAACAACAAUAGCUCAAGUGACCACGUUGCAGGAGGAUGUCCACCUCCAAUGAUAUUGGACAUAAAUAUAAAUUAUAACUACAACGGCAGCAGUGAAUAUGAAGAUAUUGGAAAAAUAUGUUUACCGAAUGGAUGUUGUCUGCCAUUGUUGAGCUAUUUGCUGUUGCCUAAUAAACGGGAUCACUCGGGAAUAACAGUGUUAUUCUUUCAUACGAGCCUAUUAGUGUUUCUUGGAAUUAUUUCGAUUCAUACGAAAAGCAAUAAGGAUGCCAUGUGUCAUGACGAUGUCACUAGAUCCACCAUUGUUAAUGACCCUGUUUUUUGUGGAUUGCAAGCAGUUUGGAAAUCGAAUUUUGUAAAAAAAUAUUACAACUAUUUUAUAAUACAAAUUUUCACCACAGCAGUCAUAUUCACAUUAUUGCCAGGUAUAUCGAAACAAAUUGAUUAUGAAUUUGGACCUGCUUGUAUGCUAUAUUGGAUAAGUUCAAGAGCAAUUAUCACUAGUACAUUUCCAUUUAAACCAUCCAAUAACAAAAGGAUGAGGGCUCAAGAUCUUUUAACAGUUUUAAAGAUGCAAUGGCGUGUUUUAAUGUUGGCUGUAAUAUAUCUUUUAGCUUUUAUACUCUAUCAGUUAUUCAUAGUUCUUGAGGCGUCGAAAUUAGAUGCGUUGAAAUCACCGAUUGAUGAAAGACCUGAAUGGAUAUCGAAAUGGUUUGAUUGUAUAGUUGAUGGAAAUGGCCAAGACGUGUGUUCACAAUAUUCAAUUCCCAACAUACCAAGCAUUAAUACAUAUGUAAUGGCAGAAGGUGUCAUUGCAUCAUUGGGCAUUUUGAUGUUUAUAAUAUUUGGCACUUCAAAGAAUUUAUGGAUGGAAUGGAAGGAUUUGUUGACUAAGGGAUUUAAUUUUAAAAAAAGUGAUGUAAUGAGUUUCUAUGACACAGAACAUAGCCAGCAUGAAGAAAGUUGA